CAUAAAUGCAAAUGUGGAGAAAUCAGUUGGAGCUACUCGUGUCAUUUGUAAUUCUUUGUCUUAACAGGAAAGAGUUUGUCGAUGCCUUCGUCGACUACGCCUUCAACAAAUCAGUGGAGGGAGCGUUUGAAGCAUUCAAGAGAGGCUUUUUCAAAGUGUGCGACAUCGACGUGGUGGAGUUCUUCCAGCCGGAGGAGCUGCAGGCGGUGAUGGUGGGCCAAGAAAACUAUGACUGGGAGGUGUUCAAGCAGAACACGAUUUAUGAAGGAGACUACCACGCCUCGCAUCCAAACAUCAUUAUCUUCUGGGAGGUGUUUGAGAAACUGACAGCAGAGGAAAAGAAAAAAUUCUUCCUGUUCCUCACAGGCUGCGACCGCGUCCCCUUCCUGGGAAUGGAAAGCAUCAAGAUGAGAGUCGCUCUGUUACCCGAUGCCACCGAAAUCCAUCUGCCAGAAGCGCUCACCUGCCACUGCCUGCUGCUGCUGCCCAUCUACCGGAGAUACCCGGUGGACCGGACCAUGCAGACCAGACUCCUUCAGGCUAUUAACCACAACAGAGGCUUCCAAAAGAAACUACACUCUAGAGGCUGAAGUAAUGAAGGCUGCAUUAAAAACAGAUCAUCUUAUUAUUAGUUAACUGCAAAGUGAAAUGUUUCUUUUCUUUUUAAAUAUACACACACCUCUAUUUUAUUGGGAAGUGAGAGAUCUUCAGUAAUGUAGGCACUUAACACAACUAGACCAGCAGCUCAUGUGGUGAAGGUUAGUAGUCAGAGAAACUGAGCAGUAACUCAGUGUAGUCAUCAGCUCAACCCUGUCUGUCUUUUAAUCUUGUGGAUAAAGCUUUCUGUUCUUUUGUUGCAGCGAGGUCAUUUGUGUGUAUGAAGCAGUGCAAACUCAAGUUACACCAAGUGUUUCCGUAUAGUUUGUAAGCUUUGUUUAGGAACAAAACCUAUAUGUAGAAGUAGGGUUGGAAAAAAAGAAAUCAGAAAAAUUAUUUCAUCUCUGCCAUUGUUUUAAGUCAUUGCUGCUCCCCAGACAAGGUCCACCCUGUUGACGUGAUAGCCUCGCACUUUAGGAAUCUUUUUUCAUCAUGACUUUCUUUGCAUUAAGUGCCCUGUUUCGUUAAACAAGCUUAAAUCAUUUGCAAAUAUUUUAUGUUUGUGUAUUGAACAAGAAUGAAGCUAAAAUGCAUAAAAAGUCAGUUGUUUUUCUGCUAUUUGUAUCUAAUCUACCAACCAAAUAAAAGUCCUUCUCUGCAGUA